AUGUCCAAAGCAGUGUACAUCUCACCUAUUGACGGCAAGCCGGGCAAACCAGGCCAAGUCUACUACCCACUUACUGUACGGACCCUACCCAAACCAACCCCGCAAAACAGCGAGCUACUGGUAAAGCUGAGCGCCGCAUCUCUCAACCACCGCGACCUCUUCCUCCGCCAGCACCUAUACCCAGGUGUAACAUUUGACGUACCUCUAUUAGCCGAUGGAGUUGGCGUGGUCACCGGUGCUGGUCCUAAUGUGUCAGAUGCGAACAAAUGGCAAGGCAAGCGAGUUGUCUUGAACCCGGGCGUGGGCUGGAAAGACUCGCCCGAUGGUCCGGAAGAGGCAGGUGGCUACCGUAUCAUGGGUGGUACGAAGGCCUAUGAUAAGGGUACCCUGCAAGAAUACAUUACUAUCGAUGAAUCGGAGGUUGAAGAAGCGCCGGAUCAUCUCUCAGAUGCAGAGGCUGCUGCUCUGCCUCUUACCGGGUUGACUGGAUGGCGUGCUCUGGUUUCUAAAGCUGGUGAUAGGAAUUCUAAGGAUGAUGCUGCCGUCCUGAUUACUGGCAUUGGGGGUGGCGUGGCGCUGAUGGUGUUACGUUUUGCGGUGGCCCGAGGAGCCAAUGUCUUUGUUACGAGUUCUAGCCAGGAGAAAAUAGAUAAGGCUGUCAAGCUUGGUGCGGUUGGUGGAGUAAGUUAUCGUGAAGCAGGCUGGGAGAAGAAGCUGCUGGGUAUGCUUCCGUCUAGCAAGAAAAACUUUGAUACUAUCAUCGAUGGUGCUGGUGGUGAUUCUAUCGAGAAGGCCGCGAAGUUGCUCAAAGCUGGUGGUGUUAUCUCUAUCUACGGCAUGACAGUCUCCCCCAAGAUGCCCUUCUUGAUGCAGGCUGUUCUCAAGAAUAUCGACGUUCGUGGCUCGACUAUGGGUUCACGGAAGGAAUUCAAGGAGAUGGUGGAGUUUGUUAAGACUAAAAGGAUUUAUCCUGUUGUAUCACGAGUGCUGCAGACUGAGAUUGAUGACUUGGUUUCUAUCGAUGGACUGUUUGAGGAUAUGAAGCAGGGGAGCCAGUUUGGAAAGCUGGUAAUUGACUUUGGAAGCUCAUCGACCAGCAAGCUCUAG